AGACGGACAGACAGGCUGAUGAGUGCUGGUAUUUAAAGAGCUGCCCAGGCUAAAUAUCUUGGCUAUUAAGAGGACAACAGAUACUGUGUUCAUACUGUAGAUAAAGGCACUCUGACGUUUGAGUUUGUCUCAGAGGUCUGUGAUUUGCAAAGAUCCAGCCUUCGGAUUCAUACAGGAUCUAUAAACUGAGCUAAUGUGUCGUCGGACAUGGAUACUACUUCAACAGAGGACUGGUCUGUUGCCAGACAGGCAGAGCUGCCCUGACUGCAGUGCCAGAGAGACCCGGCGGCUACUGACCAGCAGGCAGCUUGUUAAAAGUUGUUUUUAAUGGGGCCGCUGGUGCCAACUCCAGCUGACCACAUAAAGAGGAGCAACUCUAGUGGUUCCAGUGUGCUGAUAUGAAGUGUCCAAAGAAAAACAAGUGGACGGACAGAGGCCUUCCCCCCAAAAGUGAGGGGCAGGAUGAGGGAGAAGAGGAUGAGGAAAAUGAAGGAGUAAGGAGGGUCAGGGCCGGACUCAGGGGCAAGCGGGAGCGCCGGCAGGGCAGCAGUAGUGCCACUUUGUGCCAGGUGUGCAACAUCCAGCUGAACUCCAGCGCCCAGGCACAAAUCCACUACAGAGGCAAGACACAUCAGAGGAAGCUACGCCGACUGGCUAAGGCUGUCAGCACAGGACGCACAGGUGCACUGUCUCAGAACCAGGUCCACCCACUCCUGUGCUCCCUGUCUCUGCCAGGCCGACACCUUCAACCACAGACUAAUGCCCGCCUGGAGCACUUUCUGCCGCUCAGGGUCAACGGUUCCUCACCGCUCAGUCUCUUCCCCAAUUUCAACACUAUGGACCCAGUGCAGAAGGCUGUGAUCACCCACACCUUUGGCAUGGCUCAACCCAAGAAGAGACCUAUCAUAUCUUGUAACAUCUGUCACCUGCGCUUCAACUCCACUACCCAGGCGGAGGCCCACUACAAAGGUCACAAGCAUGCACGCAAGCUAAAGGCCUUGGAGACGCAGAGGAAUCGGAAGAAAAACGACCACAGUCAGCUCACAACGGGAAAGGAGAGAGGGGAGGAGUUAGUGGGAGGAGAAACGGUGCCAACCCAAAUGCAGUUGGACGAUAGCACAGGCCAAAGCACUUCACCCCAACCUUCACAGCAGCAACCUGAAGACAGCCAGGAAAGCUCAACAGCAGCACCUCCUUCAUCACAGACUCUGUCCACAGAUGUGUCAUUGCUCCCCUCUCCUCACCAGUCCCCACUAGUCUCCCCUGCCUCUCAGCUGGCUGAUCUACCUUCCAAGGGUCCACAUGCAGAGGGCUGCAGCCCAACCACUAGUUCAGCACCUCACUCUGACCCUCAGGAAAACUCCACCAGAGGUGAAGAUGCAGUGCUGACGGUGGAAGAAGCUAAAGAGGGCAAAAGCAUCAAAAAGCAUCUGCACUGUCCAACAUGCAAAGUGACGGUUAAUUCCAGCUCCCAGUUGGAGGCUCAUUGCAGCGGGUCCAAACACAAACAGAUGCUGGAUGGUCAUAAAAGCAGCCAUUCACAUCGCAGGGUCAAGAUGACGCCGUGGCCUAGGCCUAAAUUUCGAAUUAAACAUCGGAUAGGCAGCAAGAGCAGAAUGAUUGUUGGUGCAACCAAGCAAGUCUAUCACUGUGAACUGUGCCAAGUGUCCGUCAACUCGGAGACUCAGCUGAAGCAGCACAUGAACAGCAGGAGGCACAAAGAGCGUUUGGCUGGGAAACCUGUCAGGGCUAGGUUCCCUCCCUAUAAUAAACUAUACCCUAAUGCUAUCUUAGCGACUAAACUGGCCCUGCACAAGCAGCUUUCCAAAGCCCUGCCGGCAGGGCUGCUCGGGGGUCCACUCAAUCCAGCCGCGCUGUGCAGCAUGGCGUCCGGACCUUUGGCUCUACGACUGCCUCCAAGUCCUACUGCCAUUAUCCAGGGUCCGCUCAUCAGCCCCACAAUGUUCAGACCCGCCCCGGGACCGUUGAGGGCCACUCAUGCCCCGAUUAUCUUUUCUCCUUAUUAGCAACGAGUACAAAACAUUAGGACUGACAGAGGAGUGGACCUAACAUCAACAAAUCUGCACUGAAAGAAAUUGUGAACUUGGCCUGCUUUGACUGCAAGACUGCCUGAGUGACAUAAGGACACUAUGCAGUCACAGUGAGGGCAGCAUGGAUAUGUUUGAGUGGUGCAAGCUAUAAGAAGAUUACGCCAAUCCCCUGAUUUGGACUGAGAUUUCAGCAAUGACUGACGAUCGACGUAUCAUCCUUAAAAACAGAAGGACCAUCCCUCAGCUGUUUCCUGGCAGUAAACAGUUGAGAGCAAGUUCCCUAAGUCUGCACCUCUCUUAAAAAGCCAUAGAGAUAUCCAACUUUUUGGUUAAUUCAUGACAAUAAUAUGCUAAUAAACUGUGUUUAAGUGCUUAUUUCCAAAAAUUAUUUCAUUUUUUAAUGGUUUCUCGUUGUAUUUUGGGUAAAACAAAAAUAACAAAAAGAAAUACUUCAUCCCAAGGUUAGUCUCCCAACCAUGUCCAAAGCAAGGAAAUCUACGCCAUGUUGAUCUCUCAUACAACUGAUUAACUCCGUAUGAUUAGACUUAGCCGAUAAAAGAAAAAAAAUACAGUGGACAUCUGCAAUUUUGCAUUGUUGAGCAUUUUGUAUCUUGAUAAAGUUGCAUUUUUUUUCAUUUAGUAACUGGUGCAUUUUCUUUUCUUUCUUUAUUUGACAUGUGGAAGAAUACCUACUUCAAAGGUGCACAGGGAGUGAAAAAGUCUUAAACAGGUCAAGACUCCACCAACACUUGAAUUAUGUAGAACAAAUGUAUAAUUUAACCAUGGUUUGGCUUGCACACCUCAUCAGGGCCACCGGGGCCUUGGUAGGCCUAAAUGUGACCUUAAUCGGACCUGCUGAAGUCUUGACCUUUUUAUUAUUUUAGACCACAUUUUCUCUUCCAACCUAUUUAUAUUUACAUACUGUGCAUGUAAUAAAGUGACAAUCAAACACCACACUAACAUAAAUGAAUACACUACAUGGAAACAGAGUACAUCUAAUGUGUAAAAUAAAAUAUUAAGAUAAAGUUUUACAUUUAUGUUUUUAUUUCUUUGCCAUAAGCCAUCAUAGGUUGUUCUUCAACUUAUAGUAACUCUGUAAGUCACCCUGUUCACAGUAACAUUCAUAGGUAGAAAAUAGGUUAAAAGUCUAAAAUAUAGUUUUACAGAGAUCAAGUUUUGUAUUUUUUAAUUUUAAGAAUUAUAACUCCCCCUGCAAACAUAUAAAUGAAAGAUGGUGAAUAGACAUACACUGAAUGAUAGUGUAGUAAAGUGCAGCUGGAAUAACACGAAAUGUCUUCACAGGACAAGCUACAAUUGUUGACUGCAUUGAUAAACAUUUCAAUGUGAUCAUCCUUUUAACAAAUGUUUCAAUUCUGCUACAAAAUGUGAGACAGGAGGACUUAAAGUCAUGUUUCCAGUAAGUGAAGCACCUGAAACAGCUUGAUGCUGUUUGUGCAAUAUGAAGAGACAAACAUGUGCUGUUCAGGGACAUCCUGAGAACUGACAUUUUGAAGAUGGUGUACAUUGUUAUAAAUCAUUUUCUACCACAUGGCUCUGUUGAUUCAUCCUAAGCAAUAUGUAUUUUAAGUGUCACCUGUUAAGAAUUAUGAAUAUUGUAACUCUGCAUUCAUUGCAAUAAUGUAAAUUAUGUGAUAAUAAUGUGCUACACAUUAUCUUAUAAAUUAU